AAACGCACGGUAGCACCCAUCAGCACCGAAGUAUCAAACAUGGUUUUGCUCAAAUUUCUCAUAUUAACUUUAACUUUUUAUGAACUCUUUGUUAAUUUGGAAGCUGGACCUUGCCCAAAAGGCCACAGUCAGAGUCGCAAGGCAGGUUGUAAAAUCUGUCCUGAUGGAUAUUACCAGCCUGAAGAAAAUGAUUCCUUAUCAUGUAGACCGUGUACAAUGUGUGAAGAACAUCGGGGGAGUUCUAUUGAACAGAAGUGCACGAAAGAGACAGACACAAAAUGUCAGUGCCGUGAAGGCUUUGUUCCCUGGGGGAGCGAUUCUUCUACCUGCAAAUGUGAUGUUGGAUUUGGACUAACAAAUGGAAAAUGUUCAAAAUGCGAAGUAGGAUUUUUCAGCCAAAGUAUCAACUCACCCUGUCAAAAAUGGAAAGAAUGUAAAUCAGGAGAGAAAAUUCCUGGAACCAGCAGCUCUGAUGUCAUCUGUAUUGAGUUGAAGAGUAACCCUGAUAUCACUACACCCGACAUCACAUUCUUACCAUCCAACAGUCCACAUGAGGAGACCCAAGCUCAGAAUAUACAUACUACCACUACUACCACCACCACCACCACCACCACAGCUCUUCCAGGACAUAAACUCACCACAAAGCAAAACAGAGAUAUGCGGCACCCCCCUUCAAGCACAGGCAACCACAUUGGCCUGGCUGUCCUCAUGUUUGGAAUUGUUGGACUGCUUGUUCUGACCGCUGUGACCUGCAAACUGCACAUCACUCCCUGUGUGCAGAGAAAACCAGCAGUACAAACAAAGGACUCAUUGUGCCGGAGGCCGAUUGAGGAGAUUGGCGAUGGUAGUCAGUCCUCUCUCAAACAGAAUCCAGAGCCCUGAGGUGAAACUUUGCUUGACAUAAAUGUGUCAACUAAUACUGUGAACUUUUAGAUCUGAUAAUCAGUACAUGAAUAAUGUCACUCACAUUUUCCUUAUAUUGUUGGUUUCAUCUUAGAAAUACGUGAGAAAAACAAUUCACCGUAUAUGUACUGUGUUUGCUGUAUGCACAUUUUGCAGUGUGGUCAAUAUUUGAUCAUUGUUCGUUCUGUUAUAAUAGAAUAUCAGGUGAUUUAUCUGAAAGAUGUGUAUGUAUCAUACCUCACUAUUUUUCAUUUUACUGUAAAUCAAUUUAAAGUGAAGUAGUAAAACAGCUUUGAAGCUGUUAUAGCUUCUUCAGUAAGAUAAUUUUAAUGGCAAUACUUAACUUUCAGUUUAACCUUAAUAUUUAUUACAAAUUUGGAUAUUCAGAUUUUUGUAUAAUGACCUCAGGGGUCGUGCCACUAAAUGCCUCAUAUACUUGUUACUCUUUUUAAAAUGCAUAUAUAUAGAUAUAUAUAUAUAAAUAUAUAAAUAUAUACACACAAUCAUAUUUUUGCUGCUUUUUAAAGCCUUAUGACAUUAUAUGAUAUGAUAGUGUUUAAUGGGGCAAAGGACAAGUUUCUGAAUAAAUAUACAAUGUGAACGGUUUUGUAGUAAAGGUUAGAACGAUUGGUACCACUCAUUCAAACUGUUAUGAACUGCUGAAGAGCCUUAGAAAAACAUUUUAUUUUCUUCAUACUUUUUGUCUGUAUUCUUGUCAUGUAUUGUUUUUUCAGUUGUUUUCCACUGACAGGUCUGUUAAGCUGAAAAUGGUAAAUGUAAAAAAAAAAAAAAAAAAAAAACUACUUGCUUUCAGUAGUAUGUGGGGUUGAGGGAGUUCCCCAUAUGGAGUUAAAUGUGCCUCUUUUUCCCACUGAGAAGUACUUCCUCUCACGUCUUCAUUUCAACCGUUGGAAAGAUUCAUAUUGUAAAUGUGAAGACUUUCAAGUUGUUUAUAUCUCACUGGAGACUUUCCCCAGAAUAGUACAGUCAGAGGAGUUAUGAAAGUCUGCCCUCAUUAUUUUUCAUUCAUUUAUGUUUUGUGGAGAAAUCAGAUACACAAGCUUAAAAUCACAGGUGGCUGGCUCUAUGUGAACAGUAGGAUCGACAUGGAAAAAGCAGUAGUUGGUUAAAACUCAUUUAUUCCGUUAACAGCUGUUGUGUUGGAAUACUCUAAGGAAAAUAAGUUAACUCAUAUUUUUAUUUAAAAACAAUGGUGGACAAAGUAAAAGUUCCAAUACAACAAUCCUACUCAAGUAAAAAUACAGAAGUAUAGUAUUAUAAUCUUUUCUUUUUAUUGUUCUUGUUGUUUUUAAAACUGAUGCAUCCGUGUAAUGUAAGUAGCAUUUUACUGUACAGUCAGAUAAUUGAGUCCAAUGGUUAGUAACCUAGGCAUCCUCCAAAGGCUCACGAGAUAAAUCUGAGAGAAAAAGAGAAGAAAAAAAAACAUGUGGAUCCAUUUGUUUUUAAACUUUUCUAUGAUUUUGAUUUUCUUUUGUGAAAUAUUGGAUAUUUAAAUUAAACCAUCUGAGAAGUAUAGUUUUAGUAUAGUUUGCUGGUAACAACAUAGAAAUCUGAAAUGUAAUGAAGAAUCCCAACCAGAUACAGCUUUUAUAUAAAUGUUGGGAACCACUGAGUUCAUCACAGUGUGAUGUAUUUUUUUGUAGUUUGCUUAUGUGUUGCAUUUUAUUUUAUUAUUUGUUUGUGUAAGUUUAUAUUCUCUUUUUUUAAAAUGCCAAAUCUAACUAGUAAAUAACUCUCAAAAGGGCACCUCAGUACUUUAGUAAAAGUACUUUACUUUCCAUCAUUGUUUAAAGGUAUGAAAUAGUUGGUAUCUGACUCAUAUUGUACAGCAUCCAACACCAAUGUUUUCUGCCCUGUGCCCUGUGAGUGCGUGGAUAAAGAUUUUCUAAAUAAACUUGUUUUACA